AUCAUGGCCACCUUGUGUUUGUGUAGCUGUUGCUGUUGCUGUCGCUGUUCAAAUCCAUUUUUUUUUACUCCAGUGUCACAAUGUAGAUUUUGAAUUUUUUUUUAUAGUGAUUGGUGAAUAAUGUCAGUGGUCAGAGAAAUUUUUUUCCUAAGCAUGUGAAAGUCAGGAUAAAUUGUUAUUAUAGGUUUUCUAGGUAACCUGGUGUAAGACGGAGUUUUAUCGAACAUAUUAAGAAAAAAUCUGUGAUUAUAUGUUCCUCAGGCGAAGAUGAUGGAAGCGAGAAGCGAGCAGUUAACCCUGCAGUGGGACGACUUCCACAGCAACCUGUCGACGAGCUUCCAUUCGCUGCUGCAAGGGGAGGAGCUGGUGGACGUGACGCUCGCGGCCGACGGUCGCUUCAUCCAGGCCCACAAGCUGGUGCUGUCGGUGUGCAGCCCGUACUUCAAGAGCCUGUUCAAGGCGAACCCGUGCCAGCACCCCAUCGUCAUCCUCAAGGACGUGGGCCACAAGGAGCUGGUGGAUGUGCUGCAGUUCAUGUACCGCGGCGAGGUUAGCGUCGGCCAGGAAGACCUCGCCGAGUUCCUCAAGACCGCAGAGCUGCUGCAGGUCAAGGGACUGGCGGGGGACGACGCGGACGUGCCCGAGGAGUCCAAGGAACAAGAAACUGCAAUAAAAUAUGUUCCAUCUGCAUCUCCGCCAAUCUCACAGAGAAGCAAGAUCAAGACACCACUUGGAUCUCCUGCAAAUGUUGUGGCUGAAACACCGAUCAAGACUGUAAUCGCUCCCAACCAAGAAUUUGCACAGCAGCCACCCAAGAAGCGAAGGUGUCAUGAACAACCCCAGUACAGUCCCCAGGGACAGUCACCUCCCCUCCCCCAAGCGACCGUGCUGCAGACGGCCAUGAUCACCCCCAGCUCUGGUUGUGAAGUCAGUGACUCGAGUAGAAAAGUGGAGGCUGUCGAACUGCUGAUCUCCAAGGAAGAGUCCGUGGAAGUAGACUCUGACAUUGAGAAAAAGAAUGCCUCUUUUGAAAAUGGCUCUGACUUAUCAGAAUUCAGUGAAGGACAGAGAACUCAGUCACUUCAAGUCUGUCAAGAAAUGGGGCUUCCAGUCGGGCCGUGCGUUUCCUCACGGGAUAUCAGCAUUCCGCAAGAAGGCGAGCAAUGUGUCGUAGAAUUUGUGCAGAAAGGCAAAGUUCUGGCGCUGGGUGACUUCCUGUACCGCGUGGUGAACCGCAAGAGCAAAACUAAGCACUGGUUCUGUUAUGAGCAUAGUAAGUUUAAGUGCCGGGCUCGUAUCAAGACCAGUGGUAGUAGCUUGAUUGUCACUAGUUUGAAGCAUAAUCAUCCUAACAAUGCUCAAAAGAUUCAAGAAAGAAGGUGGAAAACAUGGCUUUCCUCAUUUUAUGUAUUUACAAACAACUGAUAAAGAAAAUAUUUACAUAACUUGCCAUUGCACAUCUCAAUUAUCUUUCUCCAUAUGAAGUGCCAUAUUUUAACUCACCUUGUAAAUUUUUUGUAUUUUUUGUUUGAAAGCAUAAAAAAUGUUGAGUUGUAAUUGCAAUUUAAUACAUUGCCAUAAUACUCUGCUUUUCCCCAAAUAUAGUGAAUACUAUGUAUAUAUAACUAACCUUUAAAGACCAUAUUUGUCUCUUCUGGACUGAAAAUAUUGUUUUCAAGUUUGUGUUUUUCCAUUAGAAAAUACAAUAAAUUUGCUGUAGCAAUUGGUUUCUCUAAAAAAAGUAUCUUUAAAAUGGUGGCACUCAUAUUAGGGAUGUACCAAGGAUAGGACGUCUUAGACUUAAAAAACUUAAAAGUCUAACAUGCAUCAUUUAAAAGUAAAGGUGUACAAUAAACAUUUGUUUUUUAUAUAGUCUUAGACAAAAUUCAAAUGAGAUCAUGAAUAUCCUAAAGAAUGAAAAUGAGAUUGAGAAUCUAAUCUAAUUAAAGCGACUAUAAUUAUUUAUUGUUAUCACAAAAUUAGUGUAAAUUUGACUCAGUAGUUUAUUAUUUACUUAUUACUGCAUUGAAACAUCAGAUUUAUUAAUACGCUGUAGAAACAAUAUUUUUUAAAUGUUUAAUGUGAUUUCAAAAAUUCUAUUUAAUAAGAGAAACACAAAAGCUUGCUCCAAAUAUUUACAUUUGAUGUGUGUGUGUGUGCACGAGUGUGUGUAGACACACACACACUGAAUUUCUUUUAUUUAUAUUUGAAUAUAGUUAAUUUUUGGGAUUCAUUAAUAUUAAACACAGUUGUUUAAUUAUAAACGUAAUUUAUUUUAUUUCAAAUUAAAUGGCUCUUUUGAAGAAAACUCUGAAAAGUUAUUUCAGUAAAUUAUUAAAAAGGAGUUUUCAACUGAUUGAAAAUGUAUAAAGGUGAAAAUUAUCUUUUGUCAGAUAAAUUGCCACUGUGCCUUAUCAAACAAUUUUUUAUAUGAUGGUUAAUAUUUACAGAGGAAAUUACUUAUUUAAAUUUAAAAAUAAAUGCUAGGCAACUUAAGUCUUUUUUCUUAUGUAUAUUGGGGUAUAACUUAAAUAAUGUUCCAUAGUGCCAAAUGAAAGUAUGUUACCAUAUAAUUUGAAUUAAAAUUGGUGAUUGUAAAUUUCCAUAAAAAUUAAUUUUGCUAAGCUAUGCACAUUUUUGAGAGCUUUAUUGUAGCUGUUCUCAAUUAGAAUUUUUGUUAAAUAUACACCUGUGGUAAA